GGGAGAUAUUUCAAAACUAAUCAAACUCGAUGCUUCCGAGAAGUAUAUGUUCCGUUGACUUCAGCAAGACUUUGAAACAAAUAGUAUGUUAUUGGUCAAAAGGAAUGCGUUGCUACAUUAUCAUCACAAGCUUAAAUGAAUGCCUGCUUGUGCGCCUGUGUAAUUUUCAUGCUCGUAUUCUGUCCUUGAUCACUUGGGAUUCAUCAAGAACAAAAAUGGCAACCUUGGCGAACAGCAACCCGUUCCACUACAUCAUUAACGUUGAGGACAGUACCGAGAGCUGGGCCUUGCCACUGUACAGAGCCUUGAACCACGGAGAUUACGAGACUGUUGAAAUGAUCAUAAGGCAAGAACCUACAGCAAUCACAUCAAGGCUGACCCCAUUUGCUGAGACUCCAUUGCUUGUGGCCGUGAAGGCCAGGCAAGGGCUGCCCUUCUUAAGGAAGCUGCUCGGUUUCAUGCCGCCAGAGGCUUUGGCCCUUACUGACUAUUUUGGCAAUACUGCCCUUCAUGCGGUGGCUGUGCUGGGAGACACUCGGGCGGCUGCUUUGUUUGUGGAAAAAAAUAGGGACCUCCCAAAUGUGUGGAACGUGGAUGGCUGUUUGCCGAUACACUUGGCGGCCAUGAGAGGCCACCGAGAGAUUACUCUGUAUUUGUGCAGUGUUGCGAAAGAAGAUGACUAUUCGGAUCUGUUCAAAGGCUCUGCGGGCGCUCAGCUCGUGCAUUCUGCUGUCACCGCUGGAUUAUAUGAUUUUGCACUGUAUCUAUUGGAACACAAUCCAGAGUUGGCAUUGCAGUAUGAGGACAUCUCUCCCCUGGAGCUGCUGGCUCAGGAGCCUUCUGCUUUUCCGAGUGGAAUGGACUUCAAUAUUUGGCAGCUGCUCGUCUAUUCCUGUGUUCCAAAGAAGCUGAUUGAGAUGCCCGAGAGUUUAGCAAUCAUGACGAAGUCACUAGAUUAUCGUCCUUUCACGUUGCAUCGCCAGUGCAGGAAUCGGUUUUCAAGAGGAAACUCUACAGGAACCAUAUGUGAUACUAUGGAAGUCGUGCCUAUAAAGCGCAUUCGUCACACUAAAGCCAUGCACCAUCAAGCACUCAAGAUUGUAAGACGAGCGUGCUCGGAAAUCAAAUGCUUGGACAACUCAAAAGCUUCCUCAAUACUGACGAGCCCCUUCCUUAUAGGCGUGCAAAACGGCAUCCAUGAGAUUGUUAAAGAGAUUCUCGACUCAUUUCCUCAUGCAAUAACCUUUGCGGAUGAGGAGAACCACUCCAUAUUUCAUCUGGCAGUUAUGUACCGUCAUGAGAAGAUAUUUAAGAUUGUCCACGCGCAAAGCGGACAGUACAAGAUGUGUUUGUCGCUGCUUUUGGAUAACGCGAGGAACAAUAUUCUGCAUCUUGUGGCACAUAAACCCCAUCAAGAUCGACUGGACACGAGCACGGGGUCAUUUCUUAAGAUGCAGCGUGAACUACAAUGGUACAAGGAGGUGGAAAAAUUCGUACUACCCCACGCUCGGAAGUCUAAGAAUGCCGAUGGCAAAACUCCGCUGGCGAUAUUCAACGAGCAGCACCGUGAGCUGGCAGCAAACGAGACACAAUGGAUGAUGAGCAUGGCGACCUCAUGCACGGUGGCCGCAUCCCUUAUCGCCACCGUAGCAUUUGCCGCCGCCAUCACUGUGCCUGGCGGCAAUGAUGCCGGCGGCCUCCCAACCUUCGCCGACGAGAACGCUUUUGUUCUUUUCGCGGUCUCGGACGCUCUCGCCUUACUGUCGUCCGUCACCACCGUCCUUUCUUUCUUGUCUAUCUUCACCUCGCGGUACACAGUCAACGAUUUCCUUUAUGAGUUGCCUAACAGGUUAAUAGUUGGCCUCAUCUCCCUCUUCCUAUCCGUGUUGUCCCUUAUGGUGGCCUUUGGCUCAACCAUGUACCUCGUGGCAGCUCGGAAGAAUGGCCUUCUCCUCUUGCCCAUAGUGGCGCUGGCUUGCGUCCCCGUUACUCUCUUCGCCUUUUUACAGCUUCCUCCGCUUCUUAAUAUGAUCAGCUCGACGUAUGGUCCGAGCAUCUUCGAUUAACUUUUAAUGUUGCUAUUGAUUUGUAUCGAGUUAGAAUGGUUUCAUGAUGUAUUUCAGGAUUCAAUAUGUAUAAUUGAUACAUUUGGUCAUUAUGUUGUUCAGCUAAAUUAAGUGACCAAAUUAUUGUAUAGAUACAUUGUCUAAGGAACUUAAUUUAAAUUUUGAAAUGAUUAAAUGUGUAGAGAUGGCCACGGGUUGACCCGGCCCGGAACUGGCCCCGGAUACGCCGGUUUAUGGCCGGUUCAGGGUCUAUUUUUUUU